AUGACCGAUAUGAUGGAAGUGAUUGUGGACACAUUAGGAGUUAGCAGUAAUCCAAGCUUUGUGCCAGCAACAAACUCAUAUGAUAUGCCUGAUGAAAUGAAUUAUUUUGAAAGACUUCUCAAUUUCAUCUCAUAUAUGCAAAUUUUUUUCCUUCAACGUUUUGUGCUAUUUCCGGAAAUACAUCAAAGAUUAAGCGGACAUCUACCGAAUGAAUUUUAUCUUCCGGAAGCAAUUAGAAGAAGCUCUCUGGCAUUAAUAAAUUCUGAUGAAUUCAUCCAAUUCCCACGAUUGCAUGGCCAAAAAAUUGUAUUUAUUGGUGGAAUAACGUUGGAUGAACCUGAACCAUUGGAAAAGGACUAUCAAAUGUUAAUGGAUGAAGCAAAAAAUGGUAUUGUGAUGAUAUCAUUUGAUGCUGUUUCAAAUAUUAGCCAAAAUUUGCCAAAUAUCAAUGAUUAUUUAAUUAGCGUACUCCGGAAAUUUCCAAACAUAACAUUUUUGUUAAAUUAUGAUAUUGAUAAUGAUUUUAUCGUGGACAUUCCGAAUGUUAUCAAGAAAAGUCGGAUACCACAAAAAGAUUUACUCGUGCAUGCAAAUCUGCACGCAUUAAUAACAUGCUGCGAUUCGAAAACAAUUAUGGAAGCAGCAUAUUUUGGCGUACCGCUUAUUUGCAUACCUUUUUCGGCGGAACAAAUACGUAGCAGUCGUGUGGCGCAACGUGCACAAAUUGCAAUUGCAAUUGAAAAAUUAGCUAUCACAGAGGAGAAUUUAGCAAAUGCUUUGGAUAAUAUCAUACAUUCUGAAACGUAUAAAAUAAGGGCCAGCAAACUAGCAAAAAUGAUGCAUGAUAAGCCGAUAUCAGCUCGAGAGUGUCUUAUCGGCCAAGUGGAAUAUGCGAUAAAAUUUGGACCAUUUGAACCGACUGUCAGACGCAUUUCAAUGGCUGAGAAACGAAAAUUGCUCAAUGAAAUUGAUAAAUGUUUCAAAAAGGUGGAGGAAGGAGUGGAAUUAUUCGAAGAAACAAUGGCCAAAAUGCAGGAAGCGAAUAGUGAUAAUCAGAGAGAGAAGUUCCAG